UUGCAAGCUUCGCGGCUGCGAAGGCGGUCGGACGGAGAGCCCGUCGAAAAGGUUUAGAUUAGGAGACCUCUAUAUAUAUAAAAAAAAGUAUUUCUUUCCGAAAAAUAAUACGCAGACAUUAAAUUAAUACAAUUAAUACAAUAAAUUCGGCCGCAUUUAAGCAGUAGAGCUUUCGCUCCUUGAACCUACUCGAAAAUUAAUUCGUGCAUUGAUAUGCAGUGAAUCGAAAGUUUAAUUUCGAUAUAAUUUCUCGCCGAUACGAGUCGCGCGAAUGUUUCUUCGCCCGUCGCCGCCUCCUCUCUUCCCCACAAAAAAAGAAAAUAAAAAGGGAAACAAAUCGAGAAUAAACAAACGAUUAAUAAUGACACUGUCGAACGGAACCGCGCGCCUGACGACGGCAAUGGUGAAAAUUCGCGCGUUAAAAAUUUAAUUGGAUCCGAACGAGGGGCAAAUAUUUACACUCGCGUAUAUUGGAUUCGCCUGCGAUCCUCUGCGAUCUGGAUUUCGAUGUGCGCAGGGACGAGUAGCGCGAAAUCGAAUCGCUUUCUUAGAUGGUAAAUUCGGGGAAUUUGGAAACGUCGCGCGACGCGCAACGGAUAAACAUGUCGUGAAGAAGGUGAAGUGUACGAGAAAAGCGACGUCGCGCCGUCAAUGAUACUCGACUCGUCGAAGGAAACCAAUUUGGAUUGAAGCCAGGCCUGAGGAAAUCUCAUCCGCGAGCAUGGAGGAAGAAGAGAGUCUCGGCAAUACUGCCGGCGACGAUGCUGGCGUUAAGGAACUUCAGGAACUUCGCGACAAAUACGAGGGGAAGCUAACGUCGUCUCUCUACACAGGAACACUUUGCAUCGCCGCUAUCUCCUCGCUGAUCGCUCUAGGUGCUCUCUGCUUCGCCGACUAUCAUGAGCUGUCCGAUGUGACCUAUCUUGUACCUGUAUCGGCAUUGACAACCAUGCUCAUCGUCUCUUUGACAUUUUUAGUGGUCACGCAAUUACCUUCCGCCAUGGUCUCUAAACGGUCCAAGAUUUUAAUAGGUUUAACAUCCUCCAUCAUACUUGGUUUAGGAAUUCUAAUACUAAGAGGCGUCCUACCCUUGUUCGUCUGCAUCCUAUCAGUAAUCGCCAUUCUACCUAAAAUGAAGUGGCAAACACCGCUUAUCAUCAGCUGCAUUCUGGCCCUCGCACACAUUUCGAGAAGACUUAUUUUCGACGAUCUAACGAGCUAUUACGGCAUAAUUCAGAUUGUUGCGGAGAUCAUAUUCCUUCUGGCUGCCAUCUUCGCAGGCAUGUAUUACAGGAUCCUAACAAUGAUGGCCCAUCGCAAGACUUUUUCCGGGACAAAAACGGUGAUCGAAUCGCGAAUCAAGCUUGAAUGCGAGAGGGAGCAGCAGGAACAAUUAUUGCUCAGCGUUAUUCCAGCCUAUAUUGCGGCAGAGGUAAAAAGAAGUAUAAUGCUGAAAAUGGCGGAUGCUUGUCAGGAAGCCAAUAAGCACAAGCAAACCACGUUCCAAGAGAUGUAUGUACAACGGCAUAAUAACGUAAGCAUUCUCUACGCGGAUAUUGUCAACUUUACACCGCUGUCGGAACAGCUCUCAGCUUCCGAUCUUGUGAAGACGCUCAACGAGCUCUUUGGCAGAUUCGAUCAAAUAGCGCAGGACAAUCAGUGUAUGAGGAUCAAAAUUUUGGGCGACUGUUACUAUUGCGUUUCCGGGCUUCCGGUUUCCCGUCCGAAUCACGCUUACAACUGUGUAAAUAUGGGACUGCAAAUGAUUGAUGCCAUCAGGUUUGUCCGCGAGGCCACCGGCUUUAACGUCGACAUGAGGAUAGGAAUUCACACAGGGAACGUGCUGUGCGGAGUACUCGGUCUGCGGAAAUGGCAAUUCGACGUGUGGAGCGACGACGUGACCUUGGCCAAUCACAUGGAGAGCGGCGGUCUGCCAGGGAGGGUUCACAUAACAAAGGCUACUUUACUACAACUGGGCGAUCGGUUUGAGGUCGAGCCAGGCGACGGAGGAUCUCGAGAGAGUUAUCUUGCUCAGCAUAAGAUAGAGACUUUUCUUAUCGUGCCGCCCCAGAAAAAUCGAGAGGAAAAUGGAAUGGAAAACGGUGGAAAUCGUAUACUGGGAUCUGGACCAGUACCUUCCAGAUCGAGACCUAGUAGCAAAAUGACGAAAUACGUGGAAUGUUGGGGUGCCGACAAGCCUUUCGCUAAUAUAGCGGAAGCAACCUUAGCGAAAAAUAUUGGCCUAACAAGCAUCGCAAUGAUCGAAUCGAAUCUGUUGGCAAACAAUUCCAACUGCUUUGAUACACAACACUGGUGCGGCGGAAGUGAAGGACUUUCGCCUUUUACUUAUUGGUUCAAAGAGAAGAAUCAAGAGCAGCUGUAUCGAGAGCAAAGGGAUGAGCAAUACCUUUGGUACGUUGUGGCCUCCAAUGUGGUUUACACAAUGAUGUUCUGCAUUCAAAUCAUCUAUCUACCAAGAAGCAUUAUAGUUUACGGUUGCUUCGCAGCUGGUUUAGCAUCCCUAAUUAUAUUUGCCGCAAUUUCGUGGUUCAGUGGAAAAGCUGACUCUAAAAAUACUGAAGAAACAACGAAUCAAAUCGCGCUUAGCCGCGGUAUCAGAAUAACUGUGUAUUUGAUAACGGCACUAUUAGCCAUCGCAUCAUCAGUCAUUAGUCUGAUCGAAGUUGAUCUCAAUGCCGAACACAAUAUUAUACCAGUGUAUAUAUAUUCUCCAGUAAUAGCGUUAGUAGUUGGCUGGACACACUUGAGAGUCGAUUUUUUGUUGAAGCUAGGCGUAAUGCUUCUAUCCGUUGCCAUAAUACUCGUGAUCUUCUCUCAAGCACCGGUAAUCCAACUGUAUUAUGACAACCCUGACGCUAAGUUUUACGGCGUCCAUUACCUAAUGCAAGUGGGAUAUUUACUGGUUCUCGUCAGCCUGAUACUUCACAUUCUCGACAGACAAGUGGAAUAUACAUCCAGGAUGGAUAUUCUAUGGAAGAGCAAGUUGAUGGUCGAGCAGGACGAAGUGGAAACCAUGAGAGGCAUCAACAAGAUUCUCUUGGAGAACAUUCUUCCAGCGCACGUGGCUGAUCAUUUUUUAGCUACAAGAGCUAUGCAGGAACUCUAUCACGAGAGAUAUAGCAGCAUCGCUGUAAUGUUCGCGUCGAUUCCGAAUUACAAGGAAUUUUAUGACGAAACCGACAUAAACAAGCAAGGUCUCGAGUGUCUGCGUCUACUUAACGAGAUCAUUUGUGACUUCGACAAGCUCCUACUCAAGCCGAAGUUCUCGGGAAUCGAAAAGAUCAAGACGAUAGGUAGUACUUACAUGUUAGCAUCCGGUCUGAGCCCAGGAAAGGAGGACGGUGAUGGCAAGGAUCUACUAAAGCAACGAGAUCAUAAUGUAAUUGUACUCGUCGAGUUUGCCAUCGCGCUUAUGACCAUUCUGGAUCAGAUCAACAGGGAUUCUUUCCAGAGAUUCAAAUUGAGAAUAGGCUUAAAUCACGGUCCGGUGAUAGCGGGCGUUGUAGGUGCGCAGAAGCCGCAAUAUGACAUUUGGGGAAACACGGUGAAUGUGGCUUCCAGGAUGGACACUUGCGGUGAAAUGGGCAAGCUCCAAGUCACCGAGGACACUGCCAAGAUCCUCAUCGACGCCGGAUAUGAGCUCGUUUGUCGAGGACCGACAUACGUGAAGGGCAAAGGAACCCUUACCACGUACUUCGUGAAGACACCCUUCGACGAUAAGGGGGACAGCUAUUAGCAAUGAAUCGGAAUGGUUUAGAUAAUCAUACUUUAUCUUGUGAUCGAGAAAGAUUUUUUUUCCAUUAUCGAUUCUUAUGGGUCUGAAUACCUCACGAAAAAGUGUGAAACGUUGCAGAGAAUAGAAUUUCGUUUAAGUCGCUUAAAAAGAUGAUCAAAACCAAGUAAUUUCAGAAUUUUAACGAUUAGUCUAUCUGUGGAUGUUUACUCAUUUAACUCGUAAAAUAAGAUCUUAACUUCGCUGGAAAAAGUUACAUCUUUUUUAUCGUUUAACUUAAACAUUGAAAUAUUUGUAAUGUACUCAAUAUAAUAAUAAUUUCAUUCUUUGCUGUUCGUUAUGUGUUAAAAAAUGAAUAAUGAUACAUGUGCGAUAAGAAUGCAAAUGUUUAGAAUUACUAUAAUCUCUCGAUGUUUAUUUGUUGUAUUUAAAAGAAAGUGAGAAAGUGGCAUAAAUAAUAAUUAUUUUUGGGAAUUAGAAAUUUUAUGUAUCAAACUUCAGAGACAAGGCAAAUGAUGAUUUUACAUACAUGUUUUUUUACAAAAUAUACCACAAGAUCGUUGCGAAAAAAUUUGAAACACCGACUCAAUAAACUUUUAACUUAUGACAAGUAAUAAUAAGUAUCGUUACAACGUACCUGUUCAAGUAGAUUAUCUGUAUAUAUACAAUAUAUGUAUAUCUUCUUCAUAACAUCUUGGCAGAUGUGUCGUGACAAUUGUUCAGCUUUGAUAAUAGCUCAUGAGUUCUAAUGAGAAAGUAAAUAAGCACAGUAGUUUUUGUCCUUGCUCUCUGUGUUUUAUAUUCUGCCGCUCAUUAUGGGAGCUGUUGUUGCACUUUAUGCAGAUUACGAAUUUAAAAUCCAUUUAUGCGGGAUGAGGGAUUGAACCCGAGAAAUUCUUCCGGGAAAUCCGUCAAUUACGAGUCCGCUGUCACGUCCCGGACAUCUCAUACACAUAUACAUAGACAUGCCAUAAAUUAUGUUCCUAAGAAAAUUGAAUUUAUUUCAUAAAAGCAGUAUGAAAUGUAUACUUAUUUUAUUGAUUUGACCAAUCAUAAUAAUUUUAGUUAUCAAAUAAAUUUAUUUUUCUUAGCAACAGAAUUUGUAACACAACUAUAUGUACAUAAAUACAUACUUGUAUAUGAUUAAUUCUUUUUGAGAGCUACGACAAAUCAAUUUCGACGGACAAUCUCCAUUGAGAGAAACAACGAGAAUGUCUCAAUCAGUCUCGAUACCUAAUAUAUAUACAUAUCCAAUAUACGAUAUUGCUUUAUACGGCCAGCAUUUACUUAUUAUCUGUCUUCACAGUUCGAAAAUAUUGCGAACAUGGCUAUGUGAUUAAAAAUACGAUUAGAAGUUCAUCCCGAUUGUCAUCAUUAGAGGAUAAGGAACAUAAGUUCCGUUUUACAGAAUGUUAAUAAACGUUUAAUUAUUUAUAAAUAAUCAAAUUGUUCUUAAUUAAAUAUCUAAGUUUGUAUAAAAUAAAUAAA